AUGGCAGAAGCAGGCCCUUCUGUUGUAGUCACUGACGUGCAGUCUACACCACGCUCGGUUGACGAAAUCAAAGAAUAUGAGAAAAUCCUCCGAAUCAGCGAGGAAAUCUUUGCAGGAACUCACCCCAGACUAAAGGUCCCCGAGCAGUUUGUACGCAAACCCCCUUCGCGUCCGCAACAGUCGUCAAUUGCGCCAGCAGUGACUGAGACCUCCCACGACCUAAAAACCAAAAUCGCACCGGCCACGCCAUCCGUGGCAGAGUCACGGCCACCACAGCCACAGACUAAUUCGUCUGUUGUGUCCCCCGCAAGAACCCCGUCGUCCGUAGUCCCAAAGCCUGCGCCCGGCCUCGACCCAAUCUUUUUAACAAAGUCGGAUGAUCUUGUACGCGCGGAAAUCCAAUUGCAGAGGCGAAGGAUAGAAAACACGCUAAAGGAACAAUUCGAGCGAAGCAAAAAUGAGGCAAAGCAAAAGACUGCCCUUGAAGCAAGGUUAGAUUUGGACGUUACCGAUAUUCUGAAUAAGGCCUKGGGGAUCGUCAAGCCUCUCCCUUCACCGGCCGAGCCAGUGAUACAUGAUGUCGCGAUUCCUAGUGAUUCUGUCGACGAGAACUCUUUGUAUUCCAGUAGAGCCCCUGAUUCCCCACUGACCUGGGAUUACGAGAAACAAGCUCCAUCAGAACUAGACCACCAGACACUUGGUCAAAUUAAGGGCAAAGCCCCUCAGGUCGACGGAAGAAAAGUCAUUGAUACUGGUUCUCGAGUCUUGCAAGGUACUACUGACAAAGCUAUUCUACCUCAGGGUCGUAAUCAAGUCGUACCGACAAAGCCCAGCCAGAAACAAGAGGAGAUGGUCCUUGACGAACCGGAAUAUUCCCCGCCUGAGCCUACUGUGCCUGUGGUAGAAGUUGGGGCUGACGAUGAGUACCAACCUCCCGAGGUGCUUGAUUCUACGCGUCAAACAACUUUUGAACAACAGCCAUGUACUGUUUCCUCCAAUCCGAGAGUCGUGAGGAAUCACAUCACUUCCCCUGCUGCUCCACAGCCAUCUAGGGUAUCACCAUUGGCGACUGCUAAGGCUCCGUCAGUUCACCGCAUCUUAUCGGCUAGGCCUAGAGAACGCGAUUACAUUGAUGGGGAUGCGUCAGAUUCAUACUUGAGGCAAACGAGCCCUGAGGGUCCGGCCCAGCAACACUUGCUUCCUCGCAAGCGACGGCGCGUACAAGAACCACGAGAUAGACUUGAAGUACAUUCUGCAGACAUAGCCGAGACACGUGUCAAGCUGGAACCAGUGUCACCGCCGCCAUUCCAUAACACACCACCUUCAAGAGCUUACCGUGCUUCGGAACACCCCGUGUACAUUGACAUCUCUUCACCGCAAUAUGCACCGUCAGUGGACCGUCGAGAGUAUGUUUCUAGGGAACCUUUCCAUGAACUGGAUCCUCGAUAUGAAAGUAGUGGUCGUGGAUAUGUUACUCCGGCUGAAGCCAGCGUCCGAGCAGUGUCUCGUCUGAGCACCCGGAGACCGGUACGCGACAAUCAGGACCUACGGAGGGUUGCUAGCCUACACAAUGCGCGACAUCCGGACAAUGCUCCCCACGAGAUUAUUGAACCGGUGCUUCGCCCCCAAUCAGCAGCACGAGCAUCGCCCUUUAAUGUCGUCGAGCGCCAGGCAGUUGAGAAGCCAGCAUAUUACGAGGAAGUCAUUCCUACGUACUCUAGACGGUAUUCACAGUACGAGGACGACUAUCCGCCUCCCUCGAGGUAUCGUGAAUAUUAUGUGGACGAUGGUGCAGCACCCCGGCUUAUAGAACGGGCACCACCGCGACGGAUUGUGGUGGAUGAGUAUGGCAAUCAGUAUUAUGAGAUGGUUCCAGCUCCUAAAAUACGACGGGAACCAAUACCCACUCGAGUUGUGCGGCCUGAUGAUUACGCCGAACGUGCCUAUAUUCGUAGUGCCAGUGUUCGCGCCCCAUCAAUUAUUGAUGAUGGAUACGGCGGCCGUCAAUACAUUCAUGAGAUGGCACCGCCUUCAGGGACUUACCGACGACUGGCUGACCACAGCCGGAAUGUCAGUGAAACUCAACGGCUAUAUCCAGCACGGGCAGUCGUAGAUCGGGAGAGUGUCUUUCGAAGUGGGAGUGUAGCUGUCGACUACGCACCAGCACCCCGACAGGCUACUACUACUACUUAUAUUGAAGAAGAAAUCCCACGGGAUAGACUGAUACGGACGUCCAGCGUUCGCCCACCAUCUAGCCGCUACGAGUCGCAGCACCACGAGAGUUCGCAUCGCGUACCUAGCGUCAGGCCCGUUGGACAAGAGGUGAGCGUGUACAUGGAUGAAGACGGCCACCACGUGGCGCGUGAAUAUAGUGAACGACCGGGAUAUGCAGGAGUAGCUGUUCGGCCUGAGCGAGCAAGUAGAUACAUCACAGAGGAAGACGGGACGCGAGUGGCUAUCAACGGUGCAGGAGAUGUUGUACAUCGAGUGGCUCCUCGAUACUAG